AUUGCUUAAUAGACCAAAUAAGUAUUAAAUCAAGGAAGAACACAUUUGAAACACUGAACUCGCUUGAAAAAGAUUUAAUCAUGACCUAACAAAAGCUGGAACAGCAAAAACAGAGGAUUAUUGACUUAGAAAGCCGCAGUCGGAGAAGUAAUGUAAGAAUCAUCGGUUUUCCAGAAAAUGCUGAAACUGGCAAACCCACUGAAUUUUCUUCUAAACAUCUGAUCGACGUGUUUGGCCCUGAAGUGUUUUCUGCUCAGCCUAUUCUUGAUCGUGCUCAUCGAGCAACAAGACCAAAACCUCCGCCAGGGCACGAUUAUUCUCAACACUGGUGCCCCACAAGGCUGCGUCCUCAGCCCUCUACCCUACUCCCAAUACACUCAUGACUGUGUGCCCAGAUUCUGCUCUAACUCCAUCUACAAGUUUGCAGAUGAUACCACCAUUAUAGGCCGUAUCUCAAACAGCGAUGAGUCGGAGUACGGGAAGGAGAUAGAGAACUUAGUGGAAUGGUGUCAUGACAACAACCUUUCCCUCAAUGUCAACAAAAGAGCUGGUCAUUGACUUCAGGAAAGGGGGCAGUGUACAUGCACCUGUUUACAUCAAUGGUGCUGAGGUCAAGAGGGUUGACAGCUUCAAGUUCCUGGGAGUGAACAUCACCAACAGCCUGUCCUGGUCAAAUCAUGUAGAUGCCACGGCCAAGAAAGCUCACCAGUGCCUCUACUUCAUCAGGAGGCUAAAGAAAUUUGGUCUGUCCCCUUUGACUCUCACCAACUUUUACCAAUGCACCAUAGAAAGCAUCCUAUCUGGAUGUAUCACGGCUUGGUACAGCAACUGCUCUGCCCAGGACCGCAAGAAACGGCAGAGAGUUGUGGACACAGCCCAGCGCAACACAGACACCAGCCUCCCCUCCUUGGACUCUUGUCUUUACCUCUCGUUGUCUUGGUGAAGCAGCCAACAUAAUCAAAGACCCCACCCACUCAGGGCAUUCUCUCUUCUCUCCUUAUCCAUCGGAUAGAAGUUACAGGUGCCUGAGGGCACAUACCACCAGACUUAAGGACAGCUUCUACCCCACUGUGAUAAGACUAUUGAACGGUUCCUUUAUACAAUGAGAUGGACUAUGACCUCAUGAUCUACCUUGUUGUGACCUUGCACCUUAUUGCACUGCACUUUCUCUGUAGCUGUGACACUUUACUCUGUACUGUUACUGUUUUUACCUGUACUACAUCAAUGCACUUUGUACUAACUCAAUGUAACUGCACUGUGUAAUGAAUUGACCUGUACGAUCGGUUUGUAAGACAAGCUUUUCACUUUACCUCGGUACAAGUGACAAUAAUAAACCAAUACCAAAAGAUUUACAAGGAUGUUGCUAGGACUCAAAAGGACUGAGUUAUAAGGAGAGGUUGAACUUUUUUUUCCUUGGAAUGUAGAAGACUGAGGCUUUUGAAAUCAUAAGGGGCAUAGAUAGGGUGAAUGCACUCAGUCUUUUUCCCAGGGCUGGGAAAUCAAGAUCUAUAUAUACAUAUAUGUUUAUAUAUAGACAUAGACACACACACACACAGGGUGGUAUGUAUAGGGAAUGAGCUGCCAGUGGAAGUGAGUGGGGCAGGUUCAGAAACAACUUUUAAAAGACAGUUGGACAGGUAUAGGGACAGGAAAGGUUUAGAAAGGUCUGGGCCAAACAUGGGCAAAUGGGACUAGCUUGGAGGGGCAUCUUGGUUGACAUGGACCAGUUGGGCCAAAGGUCCUGUUUCCGUCUCCGAAUACAACUCAUCUCAAUCAUUCAAAGCUAAAGAAUCCACAUUUCUCUUCCCAUGUUGCUCAAGUAUGCAAUUGUCCAGAUAAAUGACAAUUUGGGCUUAAUUGAAAGUCAAGGGACAUAUGAGCAACUUCUCCAUUAGCCACUGCCCCAAUACUGAUGUACUAACUCAGUAUUAUUAAUUUAAUUUUUGCAUUGCCUCUGUCACAGCAGCAAGGGAAAUUUUUUUCUCUGUAAUACAUAAUUAAUAUAUUUGUACCCAGGAUAUGGCCAUACUGGCAUGGUUGCAUUUUACUGCCCAUGUGAAGUGCCCUGCGUCAUUUGAGGUUCUUUGUACUGGAACUAUUAUCCUUUUAGUAAUGUUCUCGUAAUGGUAUUUGGUAGAGAAACAACGAAAUCUAAAAUUAUGAUUGGAUAUGGCCGGGAUUAAAACCUGAAAGUGUUCCAAUGGUGUUACAGUUGACUAUAAAGGAGAAAUGGAUACUAGUUCCAGUGGUUGUAAGGAAUUGUUCCAGCAAAUUAUUGUAGUCUGGAUGGUUCCAGCUUCUGAGGUGCAACUAAGUAUGCAUCCAACCAUUCCUUACUUUGCCAAUGAACUUUAUAGCUGAUGGAGAGGCUUUGGGUGAUCCCUGGUGAGCCUUUCAUUGCCCAGGAUUUCAAAGUAUAUGCAGUAGAUAAACAGAAUAGUUCAUGAUUUGCAAUCAACAUAUCCGUUUUCCGGCUCCUCCCUUACCGGUUUUCAAAUGGAUGGUCCAGUUUUAACUUGUAGUUGACCCUUCCCCUCAGCUGUGGGUGCGGUGGCCAGGCUCAGGUGCUUGGCACUCACUGCUUGCUGGGCUGGAGGUGGAGGCAGAAACCCUAAACAGACUCAAACAGGACACGAUGUGCAGGAUGGGAUUAGGUUGGGGAUCACUUUAUCCACCAGCAACAACCGCCUUCUGUCGGUAAAUCUUCCACCAGGGUGAGCGCGGCUUCAGUCACUGCAAGUUGCAUGGAGCCCAGCAGUGGAAUUUUCUGUACCGUCACCUGGAUCCAGCUGUUCAAAUAAUAAAGCGGAUUGCUCUUCUCCGGGACCCUGCCGCGCUGCCCCAUCCAGCUCCCCAUCCAGCAGAAUGGAGCCGGGAGCGGCUGUCCUCCUGUCAGUGCCGCUAAGAUUAGCUAUCACUCGGUCAUUUUUUUCCGGCUCCCUGGAGCAAGGCUAUAAUGGUUUCACUAUCGGAGCAGCACCUGCCGCUCCGAGUGGCUGGACCCAGUGCGCUCCCCGAUACCGCCGGACAGCGACCGAAGGCGAGGCCCAAACCCGAGCCCGGCGCCGCCUCACCACCCGGCACCGCCGAUACCUCCCGCCCACACACACCUUGUACACUGAUUGGGUCGUCGCACAGUUAGGUAGCUUCUGAUAGGCUGUACAAGCUGUCAGUCUCUGCUGUGCGCGCUUGAGGUUGGCGCGCUUUUUGCGGCGAAGUUUCUGGAAGCGGGAGUUGCGGUCGUGACGGUUGGUGGGGGGGGAGGUGGCCAACCGCCUCCGGACGGGUGGCACCUCGUCUUAUCCAGCGGUGCGCCGAGCUCCACAGCUUUUUCCAGUACAGAUGGACAGAUGACAAGCAAUGUAGUGGAUCAAAUGUUAGAUGGCGUUGCAGCAUUGACAGUUUGAUGUGCAAUAGAGAGCAACGUGCUGCAGUAAGGAAGACUUUACCAAUCCCACCAAUGGACACAAGUGACUUGGAAUGCGAGGUUAGAGCAAAGGACUCCGUGGAGAACUUGACUGAAAUGAGUAUUUGCUCAGAGGAAGACGUCCUAAAUUGUACAUUUGAAUCCUGUGAUACAGAAGGGAGAGGAGAAGUGUAUGUAUCUAGAAUCAUUGCAUAUCUGGAAGAUGUAACUGGUCAAAGCUGUGAGAAAGGGCAGCUACGAAUGCUGCACAAGAUGCUAAAUCCGGAAGAAAGGGACGUUGCAGUAAAUUUAGGAACCUUUCACAACAUCAUGAAACAGUGGAUAGCUGAAUGCAGACAGGAGGGGUUCUCCAGUGGAAAAAAUGAAGAGGUCAUAUCCAAAGACAACUUAUGCAUUUUGCAUUCAGAUAAGAAAUCUGAUGCAUCAUCAGGACAGCUGGAAGGAUAUGGGGGUGAUGUGAACAAAGGAAGCCUCGAGGCGACUGAGCUGAUCAGUGAUAUUGAGUGUCUGCAGUACACAAACAGGAAGUUGGUGCAUCAGAAUGAAAAACUACAGAGAACAGUCGAAGGGUUUGAGGAAGCAAAUGUACGGCUGACUGAGGAAAUCUUUGAACUGAAAAGCAAACUGAAAAGCUCUCAACAAGUGACACUGCAUGUAAAAUUACUUGAGAAUGAAUUAGAGGAUUUGAAGACUAUUAUGAAAAACCUAGAGGAUAGAAAUUAUAAGCUGCAGAUGCAAAACCGGCAACUGGAAAAAGAGCAUCAGAAUCUGAGCACAAGCAUCAGUCAGCUUCAGGAAGAGAAUGGGAAACUGACAGUUGAGAAAGAGAAUAUAUAUUGGAGAAAUGAGGAGCUGCUAUUUGAGAUGGUUGAGCUGAAGAAUCAGUUAUAUGAAGCCAAAAGACUCAUUUCUGUUAAGGAUGCAUUACUAAGUGAGAAAAUAAAUCAGUCAGAGGAAAUGAAAUCAACUUUGGACGAAUACAAUGAUAUAAUUAAGGGAUUGAAAGAAGAAAUAAACAAGUUACGGUAUCAUCUCACGUGUGAAGAUUUAUCAGUGUAA